GAAGGCCGCUAUCAGUCUUUCUCCUAUGGGAACACAGAACUACAGCAAGUCUUCAGUCACAUCCAGUCAUCUGACACUGGAGAGUACUACUGCGAGGCUCGGAAUGAGAUGGGGACAGACAGGUCUGAGUCUAUCGACAUCGAUGUGAAAUAUGGCCCAAAGAACACCUCAGUGUCAGUCAGUCCCUCUGGUGAAAUAGUGGAGGGCAGUUCAGUGACUCUGACCUGCAGCAGUGAUGCCAACCCACCAGUGCAGAGUUAUGCCUGGUACAAGAUUGGAAGUGUCUAUCAGAGUAUUUUCUAUGGGAACACAGAAUCACAGCAGGUUUUCAGCCAAAUCAAGUCAUCUGACACUGGAGAGUACUACUGUUGGGUCUCGAAUGGAAUUAGUACAGGCAGGUCUCCAUCUUUACACAUCGAUGUGAAAUAUGCCCCCAAAAGCACCUCAGUGUCAGCCAGUCUCUCUGGUGAAAUAGUGGAGGGCAGCUCAGUGAUUCUGACCUGCAGCAGUGAUGCCAACCCACCUGUGGAUAAAUACACCUGGUACAUGACGAACGUAACCUCACCAAAAGCUUCAGGACAGAGUUACAGCAUCACCAACAUCAGCUCUGAGGACAGAGGAGAAUACUACUGUGAGGCUGAGAAUAAAUAUGGACAUCUUAACUCUUCCCCUGUGUUUGUGGAUGUUCAGUAUGGCCCAAAGAACACCUCAGUGUCAGUCAGUCCCUCUGGUGAAAUAGUGGAGGGCAGUUCAGUGACUCUGACCUGCAGCAGUGAUGCCAACCCACCUGUGAAGCGUUAUAGAUGUUACAAGAAGAUUGGCUAUCAGUCUAUCUUCUAUGGGAACACAGGACCACAGCACGUCUUCAAUCAAAUCAAAUCAUCUGACACUGGAGAGUACUACUGUGAGGCCUGGAAUGGGAUUAAGAUGGGGAGGUCUGAGUCUAUGAACAUCGAUGUGAAAUAUGGCCCAAAGAACACCUCAGUGUCAGUCAGUCCCUCUGGUGAAAUAGUGGAGGGCAGUUCAGUGACUCUGACCUGCAGCAGUGAUGCCAACCCACCUGUGAACAAAUACACCUGGUACAAGAAGAACAUAACCUCACCAAAAGCUUCAGGACAGAGUUACAAUAUCACUAACAUCAGCUCUGAGGACAGUGGAGAAUACUACUGUGAGGCUGAUAAUAAAUAUGGACAUCUUAACUCUUCCCCUGUGUUUGUGGACGUUCAGUAUGGCCCAAAGAACACCUCAGUGUCAGUCAGUCCCUCUGGUGAAAUAGUGGAGGGCAGUUCAGUGACUCUGACCUGCAGCAGUGAUGCCAACCCACCUGUCCAGAGUUUUACCUGGUGGUACAGGAAGAAUGGAGACCCCUAUCAGAGUAUCUCCAAUCAGAACACAGGACUACAUAAUGUCUUCAAUCAAAUCAAGUCAUCUGACACUGGAGAGUACUACUGUGAGGUCCAGAAUGAGAUGGGGACAGACAGGUCUACGACCAUCAACAUGGAUGUGAAGUAUGGCCCAAAUAACACCUCAGUGUCAGUCAGUCCCUCUGGUGAAACAGUGGAGGGCAGUUCAGUGACUCUGACCUGCAGCAGUGAUGCCAACCCACCUGUGAAACGUUAUACCUGGUACAAGAAGAAUGGAGGUCACUAUCAGUUCUCCUAUGUGAACACAGGACCACAGCAGGUCUUCAAUCAAAUCAAAUCAUCUGACACUGGAGAGUACUACUGUGAGGCCUGGAAUGGGAUUAAGAUGGGGAGAUCUGAAUCAAUCAACAUUAAUGUGAAAUGUGAGUAA